AAUAUAACAACAUUGAUGACAAAGGAGCGCAAUUUUUCUUCUGCUCAUUUUCAAAUAAACAACCAGUAAAUACACCACAGUAUGGAACAAAUAAAAGAAGGCUGGUUUUAUGAAAAUAACGAAUUAUGGCAUGGAGAAAGGUUUUCCUUAGAAGUGGAAGAAAUACUACACCAUCAAAAAUCCUUCUAUCAAGAUAUUCUGGUACUAAGAACAAAAUCCCAUGGAAAAGCCCUAAUUCUUGACGGUAUAAUUCAAUGUACCGAAAAAGACGAAUUUUCAUACCAAGAGAUGAUAAGUUUCCUUCCCCUGUGUGCACAUCCAAACCCUUCUAAAGUCCUCAUAGUGGGAGGAGGAGAUGGAGGUGUAGCUCGAGAAGUUGUUAAGCAUCCCCUAGUGAAGGAAGUUGUGCAAGUCGAAAUCGACGAAGACGUCAUUGAAGUUUGCAAAAAAUACCUCCCUUCGAUGGCCCAAGGAUUUUCAUCACCAAAAUUAAACCUAAAGAUCUGUGACGGAUUCGAAUACAUAAAAAACUGUAGCCAUACAUUCGAUGUUAUCAUAACAGAUUCCAGCGAUCCUAUAGGACCUGCGGUCAACCUUUAUACGAAUGAUUAUUUCGAAAUGUUAAGGGGUGCUCUUAAACCAGAUGGAAUUAUAUGUUCCCAAGGUGGGACCUUUUGGUCACAGUUGGAACACAUAAAGAACACAAUUGCCAACUGCAAAAAGAGUUUUGGAACAGUAAAAUACGCCUGGUCCAGUGUUCCCACUUAUCCUACAGGACAAAUAGGAUUUAUUUUAGCCACUGUAAAGGAGAAUGUCAUCUUUGAGCGUCCCCAAUUUGUUUUUACCCCAAACAAAAUCGAACUUUUACAACUCAAAUAUUACAACAGCAAUAUACACGAGGCAGCGUUUAUAUUGCCAAAUUUUGUUAAAAAAGAAUUGGGAGGUUGAACUUUAUCAUUUAGGAUAUUUACCAAAAAAUAACGUUAUCAUUAGAUAUGGGGCAUUGGCCCUAGACAUUACAUAAUCUGUUUCCACGAGGCGAUACAUAAUAAUUAAUCUACACCCAAGAAAUAAAAUGAGAAUCAUUAGUAAGUUACUUGAUAAUUAUUAUGUAAUCAUGAUUACACAAAAAUAAAACAUAAAAUUAGAA